CGCACUUCUAUCGAAUAGCUCUCUAUCCAGUCGAGGCUCGGUAUUUCAAAUGACGGAUAGCGUCGCUUCAAGGGCGCGAACGAAGACUGAAAAGAUGCCAAAGUCCAGUGAUCAUCCGAGGUCUAAGCGACAUGCAGUGAUGGCAUGUGUAGCAUGUCGGGAGAGUAAAGUCAAGUGUGAUGGUGACGGCAAUGAGAAGUGCUCUAGCUGCGUGAACAAACAGCGCGAAUGUCGAUACCAGGCCGUGGACAAGAGAAAGUUGCCUUUGCGAGUUGCCAUAGAGCUGCUAACAAGCAGGGUGAAUCAGCUGUAUUUAUUCAUUUAUCAAAAUGGAUUAGAGCCCCCAUGCAUGCCGCAAGAAAAGGAUGCGGCUCUAGCAAACGUCCUUGAUAUACUCGGGCUGACUGAAUUUCACUCGGCCUCAUCUCAGCUUGAUGCCAGUCUCUCGAGAGCGACAGUGGCUGAGCAUCUACCGUCUGAUGCACCCACUUUGUUAAACUUCUCUACUGAUCCGGGUAUUACGAAAAAUGCCGAGAAACUAAGAGAUCACAGCUCUCCAGGAGACAGUUCCUGCGCUUCUCAGCCUGAUAUUGUUCAUAUCCCAGAUCCUCAGACCAUGCCCACAUUGCCUAUAGCUUCCAAUGAGACGGCAAAUAUUCCAAUCACAGAUCCAUAUCCCCUGGAUAACGCCUCUGAUGCCUCCCUAGCCAAUCUAGACUGGAGUCUGAAUAUCGGAACAUGCAUGACUCCACCAUCUCCGGACAUCCAGGGUCUACUUGGUUGCACCUCGUCGAUAGAGACACUGGAGCGGGAAUUGGAGGGAUUACCGGACGCUAUCGAACCCCCUGUCACCGAUAAUCCAGCCAGUCCUGACAAAGAGACAAGAAGUCCCGAAAGGAUAGAAGACCUUAUCGACGAGCUUUCUGAUCGGGUGGGAACAUUACGCUUCGGUCCUGAAGGACAACCUCAUUUCUAUGGUCCAACUUCGACAUUCAACCUCCCGGAUGCUCCCGUGGCUACUAAACCCCAGACACAUCGCACCUUGGAUUAUCGUGACAGUGAUGUUGAUCCCGAUGAAGAAGCCCCGCUAGCUUUGGAAGAGCACCUGCUCAAUCUAUAUUUUACCUGGCAAGACCCAUCGUUCCAUGUGGUUGAUCGAGACAUGUUCGAGAAGGCAAGGAGGGCCUGGCAUGGAAAGGAAGAAACGCCGUUCUAUUCCGAGGCACUCUGCUACGCAAUGUGCUCCCUCGGUGCAGCUUUUGAAACGCGAUAUCACCCGUCAUUCGUUACAUUUCCAAAGUCUUUAGUGGAAUACUUUGGAGACCGUGCGAAGGCCCUUCUUGAGAUUGAACUGGACUCUCCCUCUGUAGCGACAGUUCAAGUACUAGUCAUUAUGAGUAGCCAUGAGGUUGGAAACGGCCAAGAUACUCGAGGGUGGCUUUACAGUGGAAUGGCUCUACGGCUUGCUUUUGAUCUCGCUCUUCAUAUCGACCUUUCUUCAUAUGUUGCCCGUGGAUCUAUCACUGCUGCUGAUGCGGAGCUACGCCGGACUGUUUUCUGGGCUGCAUAUAUGGUUGACCAUCUUGUCGGAUUCUAUCUAGGCAGGCCUUUCUACACCAACAUGGAGGAUGUGACAGUAACCAAACCAAACACUGACACCCGCCACCAAGAACCUCCCAAAUGGACACCAUACGCAUGUCCUAUCUCAUUUGGCAGCAACUACGAGUCAUUAGACUUCAUGGAAGCCGUGAGUGAACAAGAGGUUUCUCUUUGUGAGAUUAUGGCGCCUUGCGGCUAUUUCCUCUACGGAAGCUCAAGCAUCUCAAAACUCCUCCUCCAGCAACUGAACGUCAAGGUCGUCGCCCGUCUCCUCGACUGGAAAGCCCAAUUACCGCAAUCCCUCCAAAUAAACCUAAACGACCACACAACACCCUAUCUCCCCCAUGUCCUCCUCCUCCACAUGCAAUUUUUCCAAAAUCUAAUCCAUUCCCACCGACCCUGGAUGUCAAAAGACUACCUCCAGCCCCAACCACCCGUUGGACCAGGCCACACGCACGCACGAGAGAUGUGCAUACAAUCCGCAAUCUCCAUCGCCAAGAUCCUAGUCCUCUACGAAAAGCGAUACACUCUCCGCCGGAUAAACGUCAAAGCAGUCUCGAUCACAUCCUCUGCCAUUCUGCUUCUUCUCUUUGCUGCCGUGUCACACUAUCCACUCGCAAAGAAUGAAGAUAUAACUGCCCACCUCGGCACAUGCUUUAGAGCUCUUGAUGAGUUCUCUUUGUCUUGGCAGAGUGCUAAUAAAGUCAAAGAUCUGUUGGUUAGAUUACAGUAUAAAUGGGAGUUGAGGACUCGAGCUAGUAAGCAGGGUCGGGCUUCGGAUGGGGAUAUUGAUCCCCCGAGGAAGAGGUCGCGGACGGUGAAUGGAUCUGGAACUGGAACUGGGACUGGGACUUCAAGAUCUGAUGGUGGUAUUUCACUUGCGCAUCCUAGUCUUCGGGAUUUACAGCCGGAUUCUGGGUUGGGGUGGAUGCUUAUGCUUAGUGGGCAGCUUCCAGCUGACGGGGACGAAGAUCUUUAUUCUUUUGUUGCUAAUACUGCUAUUCCUGGGGUUGACUAG